AUGGCGCAGUUGAACAGAAAGGGUCCUCCCACUGCUCCUUGUCUUGCUCCAAUUACCACCUCACACGGUGUUGUACAUCCGGCUGGUGUGCGAACUGCAGAAGUACACGACACAUGUUCCAUCAGAAAUCCACCGAAAGGACGAAAAUCCAGCCCAAAAAAAAAGGUCAAACCGAUACAUGAUCGUCGUACAUACCGGCUGACCGACGUCGGAAAUCGUCUGAAAUCGCAGCUGCAAAGGUUUUCGAUAAGGACGAAGUUGUCGAAACGUCAGGCCAUAAAUAAAGUUUCACCCAAAAAGCGUUGGCGGGAAAAAAGAAGAUAUAAAUCGACUGCGAGAACUCCACCGCACCGUGGCCCUAUUUACAGCAGUAGCGACGUACGCCCAGUGUAA